UCGACAUUCACAACCCAAAACUCAGCAUCCCAUCGCAUUUUUCCACAGUCAUGGCUGCCUUGCUGAAGAAACCUCUGAAACUCGCCUUGGUGCAACUGGCAUCAGGAGCAGACAAAGUUGCCAAUCUCGCCCAUGCUCGCACAAAGGUCCUGGAGGCUGCAACAGCAGGCGCCUCCCUCAUCGUACUUCCUGAAUGUUUCAACUCCCCCUACGGAACACAGUACUUCCCUAAAUAUGCCGAAACUCUCCUCCCUUCUCCUCCAACAAAAGAACAGUCCCCUUCCUACCACGCCCUAUCAGCCAUCGCUGCUGAAGCCAAGGCAUACCUUGUAGGAGGCAGCAUUCCUGAACUCGAGACAUCGACGAACAAAUACUACAACACCUCGCUGGUUUUCUCGCCAACCGGCGCGCUGAUUGGAACCCACCGCAAGACACAUCUAUUUGAUAUUGAUAUUCCGGGGAAGAUUACUUUCAAGGAGAGCGAGGUUCUGUCGCCGGGUAACCAGUUGACUAUCAUCGACCUCCCAGAAUAUGGAAAAAUCGGACUUGCUAUCUGCUACGAUAUUCGAUUCCCAGAGUCUGCCAUGAUCGCUGCCCGGAAAGGUGCUUUUAUGCUCGUCUACCCUGGCGCGUUCAAUAUGACUACCGGUCCUCUGCACUGGCAGCUGCUGGGCCGUGCCCGCGCAGUAGAUAACCAAGCAUAUGUUGCCUUGUGCAGCCCCGCCCGCGACAUGAGUGCGACCUACCACGCUUGGGGCCAUAGUGUGAUAGUUGACCCUAGUGCCAACGUUCUGGCAGAGACAGACGAAAAGGAAGACAUUGUCUACGCGGAGUUGAAUGACGAAACCAUCCAGAACGCAAGGAAGGGUAUCCCGAUCUAUGCUCAGCGGCGGUUUGACCUAUAUCCGGAUGUUAGCGCCAGCAAGAACUAGACUAGAUUCAAUAUGGCUAAAGUGGGUUUAAUAUGAGUUUGAUUCCAAGACAUUUGAAAUGCGUCCAUCGCCAUUUAAAUGAGUACUAGUCGACGUAAUUUUGUGC